GGACCCAUAUUCUUUUGUUGUAUAUCAUCGUUGUAGUAAGAAGAUUUCUUGUCGGUGACCCAAAAAGAGAUAUAUAUCAAUGAUGAAGUAAAAUAACCUUGGCCACAUAAACCACCUACAUUUCAUUAUAAGUUUUCUCUUUCUUUCUCUCUCUCUCUCUCUCUAUAUAUAUAUAUAUAUAUCUAUACAUAGAGAUCUAGAGAAGGAAGUAAGAUACAGAAAUCGCAAAGUAUUAAUUAAGAGUAUAGUAAUAUAGUAGUAGUACAUUGUAGAAUAAUUAAACGAAUAAGUAAUUGAUAUGGAUCCACCUCAGGCUCACAUAGCGAUUCUUCCAUCUCCAGGGCUUGGUCAUCUAAACCCGCUUGUAGAUUUCGCUAGACGACUGGUCACCGACCACAACUUCUCCGUCACGUUUCUCAUCCCAACAGACGUACCGCCCACUCAGACCGAGAAAUCCAUACUCGAGUCCCUUCCUUCCGACUCCGUCGACCACAUCUACUUGCCACCUGUCAACAUGGACGAUCUCCCAAAAGACACCAAGUUCGUCACCUUCCUAACCCUCGCCGUCACUCGCUCACUCCCCUCCCUUCGCACCAUUUUAAAGUCUUUGGUCUCUCGUUUCAGCCGCGUCACACUCCUCGUCGACCUGUUCGGCACUGAAGCCUUCCACGCCGCACGAGAGUUCAACGUGGCACCCUACAUCUUCUACACUUCCACCGCAAUGGACUUGUCUUUGUUUCUCCACAUGCCUCACCUCGACGAAACGGUGUCGGGUGAGUACCGACAUCUGACCGAGCCGGUCAGGCUUCCCGGCUGUGUUCCGAUUCCGGGCACGGAGCUUUUCGAUCCACUCCAGGAUCGAACCAACGACGCUUACAAGCUCGUUCUCGGUAACGCCAAAAGAUUCCGUGAAGCUGAGGGAAUCAUUCUUAACUCGUUUAAGGAGUUGGAGCCCGGAGCCAUCGAGGCUCUUCUACGAAACCCCGAGCCGCCGAUUUAUCCAGUUGGGCCGAUGGUGAAUAUGAGCCCAAGAAAGAAUGAUGCGGAGUCGUCGAGUUUAUGCUUGGCAUGGUUAGAGAAGCAGCCACGUGGCAGCGUGUUGUUCGUUUCGUUUGGCAGCGGUGGGACCCACUCGUUGGAGCAGAUUAAAGAGAUUGCUCUUGGGUUGGAAAUGAGUGGGCAAAGAUUCUUAUGGGUUGUGAGGAAGCCGUUCCAGGUCAAGAAAGAAGACGGUACCACUUACUUUGACCGAAACGAAAAGCCGUCGUUUGAUUUCUUGCCUGAUGGUUUUUUGGAUAGGACGAAAGAGGUUGGGAUGGUUAUGCACCCUUGGGCCCCUCAGGCCCAAAUCUUGGCCCACCCUUCGACAGCUGGUUUCAUGAGCCAUUGCGGUUGGAACUCGUCGCUGGAGAGCGUGGUGAAUGGGGUGCCAGUCGUUGCUUGGCCACUGUAUGCUGAGCAGAAAAUGAAUGCUAUUGUUUUGAGUGAAGAGAUGAAAGUGGCGCUUAGACCUAAGGCUAGGGAAAACGGUUUCGUUGAGAAGGAGGAGAUUGCCAAAGUGGUGAAAUCUCUUAUAAAGGGUGAAGAAGGGAAAGAGCUCAGAAAUCGAAUUGGGAAACUGAAAGAAGCUGCGGCAAAGACUUUGAGCCCUCAUGGUGCUUCUACUAAAGCAUUUUUGGAGGUUGUUGCCAAAUGGAAGAACCAGUAAUUCAGUUUAUUGAUGAUUUAUAAAAGUUAAUAAUUUGUAUGGGUUGUGUGACUCAUAGUUUGCUUUGCUGAUAAGAGACGGUUACAGGACACUUUCAAAUCA